CAGUAAACGUCAUUUAUAAUUCAUUGCCCAAGUCGGUCGAAUUGAAUAAAGUUAUUUUUGUGCGCGUUUUGAAUUAUUCAGCGUAAAUGGAAAAUAUUAGUGUCCUGAAUUUAGGAAGUAGGAGUUGAAGUGCGGUUGUUGUGUUUGUUUCGUAACUGUGUUCGAGUGUUAAAUAGUGACAUUAAUGGCUACUACACCAAAACAAGUGAACGGCAAACCGUCGAAUAAUAACGGCUCCCUGGGAAAGCGGAAGAAAUCUCGUGGGAGCAGAGGCUCGUACCUGUCGAAAUGGUUAGAUAAGACAAUGCACCACAUACAAGAGUCAACACCUAGCAUGGAUACGUACGAUACUUACGUAAAUCCGAACUUGCACUAUGCGAUGGGUAGUUCUCAGUUUGCUCCCGGCUACGAUCCUUACAGACACAUGUACGGCUGUGGGCCUGAGCCAAUGUCUCUGCCCACACUGCCUUCAUACUGCAACCCACCUAUGAUGCCAUUCUAUGGGCCUGAAUAUCGGUACGUGCAGAAUGUAAACAAAAGCAUUCAAGUACAGAGGCCGAGACUGCGGCGCCGCAGUGAUAACAAGGCUGAGGAGGUGAACAACGCCUCUCGGCAAGGGACCCCGACCCACUCGCACGCCAUGAAUUAUUUGCAACCAAAGAAUUUGACUGACAGCCAGGAUUUUGCUAGUUUACCCCCAAUAGUGACGUCCGUUGGUGAUACAAACUCCAACAGUGAGAUUAAUAUGAAUGAGAAGGAUGAAGGGAACAAUGCUAGGAGGUUCAGUGACCCUUGUGUGAGAGGUCUGCCAGAUGUAGCGAGGCCUGCUAAUGGUGAUGUGGACUCUGGAUCAGAAGCCAGUUCUGACAUGUCUGGCAGCCAGGUUGGCAGCAGACUCCUCACAUGUCUCUUAGACCAAAUAUCUUCCCUGAAAAUGGCAAAUGAAAGACUGAGCAAAGACUUAAUGGAUACCAAAGUGGAGCUGGAGAAUUUGCGUCAACACAACGCCAUACUGAAAGGUUCGAGUUCGAGUAUGGGUGCUACGCCUAACCAUUCACUUAAUGAUAAUGCGUACCUAGCAGGACAAUAUGCUCCGGGCUUCCUGACCGACUUGGUGCGGGAGAUCAGGGACGCAGCGCGCAUGCGCGAGGACGCGCUGUACUCGCGCGUACGAGCCAUGGUCGUCGAAAGAAACGAUAACGGUUUGACAUCUUCGGAAGCUAAGUUCACGGAAAAAGCUCUUGAAGAGAUCAAGAGUUCUCUGCGUGCUUCGGAGGCGGACAAGCGUCGUAUGAUGGAUCGCAUAGUCAAACUGGAAGAUGAAUUGCGAGUCUUAAGAGUCACAAACGGUUUCGAGUCGAACGAAAACAAAAUAUCGAACGGUAACGUCGAAGACGCCGACGCUGAGCGGAUGCGCUUGCGCAAAGAACUUGCGGACAUGCGCAAAGCUAAGCAAAACGCUGAGGAUCAUUCGCUUAAACUUGAACGUCUUGUAACACAGCUACGUUCAAAAUUCAACGGGCUCCAACUCACGAAUGGCCCCGAAUCGUUGCCGAGCGAUGCCGAACACGACACGAACGUGCGCGCUCGCCGAACGAGUGUCAACUCGGCGAACAAUUCCACUGUUGUCUUUGGCCCUGUUACCGAUUUGUAGCGAAUGGAGAUCGCAAAUGCGACCGUUUGUAUCGUCGCUGAUCUAUUCUGGUCUAUAAUGUAUAAGUUUACCUGAAUGGACUUUAGUAGUUCUAGAUUACGCCUCUGUUUAAAAUUUAAUCUGUGGUGAAGUGUUUCAGUUGGCGUAAGUGUGUUCUGCACUUUUUUUUAGACAUUGUGUGUUGAAUUUGAAUCUCAAUUACUGGAAUUGAUUAUUUAAGGCCCGUGUUAACCCUUCUUUAGUUUUUGAUAAAAUCCAACUUUAUUUCGUGCUUGUUUUGUGAUUAUUUUUUUAGUUUUACGAUGGUUAAUCAUAUCGAAAUUUAGUUAAAGACACGAAUACAAGACAGUAAUAAAUGCAAGCUUAUUUUAAUAAUGAAAAUCAGUACUAAUGUUUUAAGGUACAGUUAACAAAAAAAUGCUUACACAUACAGAAACUAAAAGCAAUGUUUCAUAUUUUAUGCCUUACCUAUAACAAGCGUACUACUAAGAAAUGAGAGCUUAAAUAUUUAGCCUGGAUACCCCAUACAUUCGUCGACUGUACAACACACGAAUAUACCUAACUAGUAACUACCCUUAUUGGUAAAAUUUCCUAAUUAAUUUUCCACCAAUUGCAUUAAAGUCGAAAGUCGUCUGACAGUUUGGGGUAGUUUCGUGUGCUUUUACAAUUCCUCUUACUAUUAUAUUAAUAUUGGUGCUCAAUUUGCUACAUCACAUGUUUAUAAUAUUUCAUUGCAAAAUAUACUCUAUGUCUAUUAUUGUAAUUGAUAGUGUUGUGUGCUCACCCAUUGUUACUUGUUACCUUUGUGCAUUGGUCUCGUAAAUAAAAAUAUAUUUCAUUUUAAUUGUACUUAACAUUUUAAAUUCAAAUUAAAUUACACUAAGUUCGAUUUGACUACGCAAAUUGACCAGGUUGAAAGUACAGUCACGAUAAAAAAUGUUUUAAUUUAAUAAAAUUAAAUAUUUUUUUUAAUUUUAUUAAUAUUAUGUUUUAGCUGUCCCUGCAAAAACGUAUAAACGUACGCGAUAACAGUCUCGUCACUUUGGUAUAAUCGGUAUGUCAUUUUGACAAUUUGCCAAACAGAUUACCGAACAUUAUUGUCGCGAUUAUUUAAUGACUACAAACACAAUAACAUUAUUACAUUACCGUUUGCCUAGCAAUCAGCUCUUAUUUACAAACUUGAUGCACGGCUGUUGAUGUUUGCAAUUUUCGACCAAUUGCCUUUUCACACCUUUACAUUAAAGCGUUUUAAUAUUUGCUAUAAGUCAGCACCGUUUGUGUGCCAAUGAUUUUCACGGGUUUUCGUGUGUAGAGAUGAAAAUGCUUAUUAAAACUGUUAUCAACCAAAAUUUUUACUUUCAAUGACGUGUAAUUAACAAGCGUAUAAGAAAAGAAGACGUACAUAUCUAUCUAAAUUACUUCUUCUCGGGGUCAGAUAGCCUCGAGGGAUGCAAAGUUUCCACCAAGUUUACUCCAAACUGGUCUAUUUGGUGUUCACUAAGAUGUACUUACACAUCUGAGGUCUUAGUACGAGUUUAAUUUACGUUUAAAGUAUUCGUAAUGAGUACACGUUCGGCGCUCUGAUUGGUUGGUUCAUUGGUGCUGGCCAAAACGUAAAAACCUUUUAAACGAAAAUCAAACUCGUUCUAAGGCCUCUAAGUGAACACCAACUCUUAGGGGUGGUUACGAACUAAUUCACAACAAUUGAACAAAUAAUAAUAAAAUGUUUUCAAGUAAAAGCAUAAAUUUUCAAAUUAAUUUAGAAAUAAAUACGUAUAAACUUCGCUGAAGCAAUUAAAAGUUCGUUUGGAUAUCCUUAUUGCGUUCAUUAUUGUUGUUUGUAUGUUAAUUAAUUGAUCGAUUACGGCAUUCUGGGAAUAUUUCGCGUCUAUAUCAAUUAGUGAAGUUUGUUCUGUAUGUUUAACUAAACAAACUACGAUUUUCGUUCGUAUACAAGACGAUUCCGGCGAUUAUUAUUUUAAUUAAUUGUUCUAAAGCUGAAAAUUAAUUGAACAAUUUAUUACAAUAGUUUCGAACGACGUUUUGCUCAAACAAAUGUUUGUUUUCCUUGAUGAUUGAGCGAAAUUUUAGUUUAAAAUUACACAGAUAUAAAUAAGUCGUUUAGUAGAUAUAUUUUUUGUUAAAAAAGCGAUAGCUUGCUCGAAAAAUUCCGUCUUAAAAAUUAAAAUAACUGGCUCAUGUGAUUGUGAUGUUUUGUGUUAUUAUUAUUAUUAUUUAAAUAACGAAUUUAAUAAUAUAGUUAAGUGUUUUGUGUGUGAUUGUACUUUUUGCUCUCUAUUCUAACAUUUUGUUUGUGUUGUCUAGUUAUGUUAUCUAACACGAGUGAUUUAUUAACCGAUUUGUAAUUGUCCGCCAUUUUUAUGUAUAUUUUAGUAGAUAUCUAUUAUCUGUACUUA